UACCUUGACAGCGAGAUGCCGGAAGAGCACAUAAACACGCUUCACAAGAGAUACAAAUUAUGUCUUCGCAAUCCGUGAAGACCCAGAGGCAAGAUGCUGGGCAGCCUUCAAUUAUUAAAUCAAAAUCCAUGUCCAGAAAACCAAGAAAAGCGGCUCUACAACAUCCAUCAGUUCACAGAAUGACAUCCAAACGCAGAGAAAACUCUUUAGAAAGGAUGCCACUGGAGAUCAUUCUCAGGAUUCUCUCAUACUUGGAUACUGGGUCUCUUUUCUGCAUUAGCUUUGUCAACAAGUACUUCCAUGAACUGUCCAACAGCAAUGCCAUGUGGUAUCAGUUUUACAUCCGUGAACGUACCAAAAAGAAGAAAGCCGGCCAACAAGACCAGAUGAUACAUGCCCUAGGUAUGGUGGGUGUGCAGGAGAGGCCAAGGGGAUACUGGAGAAACACGUUCUUCAAAGAAAUUGCUGGCCUGAACUUGAACAAGUGGAGAACGAAACUACGACGCAUUGACCCUUUUUCAGGAAUGCCGCGUCAUACAGAGGAAGUCAUAAGGAGUCUGUGCAUUACAUGGGAGAUCACAGUGACUGAUGGGAGAGGACGGCAGAGCACCUUUGAGCAGUCUCAUGCCUCCUUCAGUAGUACGGCUGUUUUUGUGUUCUGGGGCACUGUCAGUUGGCCUCCUUUCAACCAGCUCACCUCGCUUGAGCUUCGUGGAGUGUUGCGGGUGCCACUCAAUUGUCCUGCACCUUACAGGCCGGGCUGGAAAUCAGUUAUGUCCAAAGUAAAGCUUCAAAGAGAACACAGCGAGUUGUGUGUUUCAGACAAGAUUGUGAAGAUGCUGUAUGUUGGACAGGGCAUAACUUUGGGAUUCUGGAAGGACCAGUGGGAAAUUGCUUUUGUCAUGGUGAACUUGCACAAUCACAGACUUGUGGACAGAAGUCUUCAUGCAUCAAUUAGUCCAUGUACAGCAGAUGGAGUCUGUGCUUUGUUUGAUGAUGUGGACCCGGAGUAUGGUCUCCAUGGAUACACUGCUUACAUUGAACUGCACAAUACAGUGAGAGUCAUCAUGUCUGGCCGCUUUUCCCAGCUGUUUUGCAGGAGAGAUCAGAUUUCUAAUGGUUAUCUUCCACUGGAAGUGAUCAGUGAGAAUAACAUAUCUCCAAAUAUUCAUCUGGUUGGAGAUGUCAGCUUGCCUUGGAGGACUGAAGCUUUACAUGGAACUGUCAAGGACUGUUGCAUGAUCAGCCUCACUGUAUGGGAUGAAGCCAAGCAGCCUUUUUGGUGGGUCAGCGCUCCUGUUGUGAUGACCAAAGCAAGUCAGGACACAGUAUCAUAUGAUUUUGAUGGCAGGAGUUUCUCCAUUCUAUACCAAGACUCAGAGGGGAGGGUGGAGAUGAGGCUGAAGCAGAUGGAGUAUAAAGAACAGUAUUUUGUGACAAGAAAUAAUGGAUAAAAAGGCAAAACAGAACCAGGAAAAUACAUGAGCCAGUCCUCAGUCAGCCUGUGCUAAAAACAUCAAUCCAUCCAUGGGCGGCUCAUCAGUGCGUGUUCCAGAAUGGCAGAAGGAGUGGCGUGUCCGGGCAACUUUUGUAAUGUGAAUUACAGUCCGAGUCUCUGAGAGCACUUAAACAGGAGGAUAUGAAGCUUCUGAGGUCAGAUAUAUUCUAUUAACCUGGCCAUACCUCCUAAUGACAGCUCUUAUUUACUUGUCAGAUCCUUUUAGUGUGGAGGAAACAAACGUAUUGUCAUGUUCAGUGCUGCUGACAGGGCCGCUCUGCAUUAUUCAUCUGUUCAUGGUAAUACAGCCCUGUUCCUCUCUCUUACCCUCCCUUCCCUUAUUUCAGCUUUUAAUCAGACUCCGAGAUAAGACCUGUUGAAUAGAAAUGAACUCUAAUGCUUCUUUCUGCAUGGCUGUUAAGGGAUAUAAAUUACAACACUCUGUCAGUCCAGUCGACAACUCACCAACCCACAAUCAUUUAAAUCCCUCAGGACACAGAUUUCCUUCCCUACAGACAAACUCCAACUUUUUUUUGCAAUUCUGAGAAUAGGUAUAAACUCAGAAUUGCAUGAAUAUAAUC